UUGGCCCGGCUGCCGGGUGGGCGGCGCGGGCUCCGACGGGAGCGGGCUCGGCGGCCGGGCCAGGGAGGGCGGGGGAGCGGCCGGGAUGAGGGAGGCGGCAGCGGCAGCCGGAGCCGCGCGGAGUCGGCAGCACCAUGGAGACGGGCGGAGGCGGCUUCCUCGGGGCGCUGCUGCUGCUGCCGCUGCUGCUGCCCGGGGCCGCCGCCGAGGAGGUUGUUUUGCUGGAUUCUAAGGAGUCGCAGGCCGAAUUGGGCUGGACGUCGCACCCAUCAAAUGGGUGGGAAGAAAUCAGUGGAGUGGAUGAAAACUACAAACCGAUUCGUACCUACCAGGUCUGCAACGUCAUGGAGUCAAAUCAAAACAACUGGCUGCAGACUGGCUGGAUUGCCAGGUGCAGUGGCCAAAGAAUCUUCAUUGAGCUGAAAUUCACCCUGAGGGACUGUAACAGCAUCCCUGGAGUGGUUGGCACGUGCAAGGAGACCUUCAACCUCUACUAUGUUGAGUCAGAUUCUGAUCUGGGCCGCAGCAUCCGUGAGAACAAGCAUACAAAAAUUGACACUAUCGCUGCCGAUGAGAGCUUCACCCAGGGGGACUUGGGCGAGCGCAAAAUGAAGCUGAACACAGAGCUGAGGGAGAUUGGGCACCUGAGCAAGAGAGGCUUCCACCUGGGCUUCCAGGACGUGGGUGCUUGCGUGGCUCUGGUUUCCGUGCGGGUUUAUUACAAAAAGUGCCUCUCUACAGUGCAGAACUUGGCAGUGUUUCCAGACACUGUGGCAGAAGCAGCAUUUGCAACCCUGGUGGAAGUUAAGGGCACCUGCGUCAAUCAUUCUGAAGUAGACCUGGAUAGUCCUCCCAGGAUGCACUGCAGUGCGGAGGGGGAGUGGCUAGUCCCCAUUGGGAAAUGUACAUGUAGUGCUGGCUUUGAAGAAAAGGAUGAUGGGUGUGAAGCUUGCCCUACUGGAUUUUAUAAGCUAUCCCCCCGACUCCCUCUCUGCUCUCCCUGCCCCGAACGCAGCUUCACACAUCGAGAAGCCUCCACGUUCUGCACGUGCCAGAAGAACUACUCCCGGUCCCCGUCAGACCCGCCAUCUGCCUCCUGCACCCGUCCCCCAUCUGCUCCAAGGAAUCUCAUCUACAGCCUGAAGCAGUCCACGCUGGUUCUGGAAUGGAGCGCACCAGCAGACUUGGGCGGCCGGACCGACAUCACCUAUAACCUCCUUUGUGACCGCUGCUCGGCGGCUCUCCGGCGGCAGUGCGAGCAGUGCGGCAGCAGCGUUGGCUUUGUGCCUCAGCAGACGGGAUUGGUGGACAGGACCGUUACCCUGGUGAACUUGCUACCACAUGUUAACUACACUAUCCGGGUGGCAGCUGUCAAUGGCGUCUCUGAUUUCAAUGCCUUGUCAAAGCCGCAGUACGCGGAAGUGAACAUCUCCACCAGCCUCACAGCACCAGCUCCUGUCGCUGACAUCCGCACAGAUAAAAUUGAACAGAAGAGCGUUUCCUUGUCAUGGCAGGAGCCGGGCUUCCCAAGUGCCAGUAACAUGGAGUACGAAAUCAAGUACUAUGAAAAGGAUCAAAGAGAUCAAAGUUACUCGACCGUGAAAACCGCGUCGACGGCAGUGACAGUCAGUAACCUCAGGCCUGGCACACUCUACGUCUUCCAGGUCCGGACAGCGUCAGCCCAGGGUUAUGGAAACUACAGUCCUGGCAUCGAAGUGGAAACCUUGGGGGAACUGACUGUGGCUCCCAGCGAACAGAACCCUAUCAUCAUCAUCGUGGUGGUUGCAAUCGCUGGGCUGAUCGUGCUGGUUUCCAUGGUGAUUGGUGUGAUGAUCUGGAGGAGACAGUGUGGGUACAGCAAAGCCAGCCAGGACGGAGACGAGGAGCUGUACUUCCAUUUUAAGAUACCAACCAGGAGGACGUACAUUGACCCUGACACCUGUGAAGACCCCACGCAGGCCGUGCACCUCUUUGCCAAAGAGCUCGACAACUCGAGUAUCAAAAUCGAGCGGAUCAUUGGAACAGGAGAGUUUGGAGAAGUCUGCCGGGGAUGCUUGAAACUUCCCAGCAAGAGAGAGCUCCCGGUUGCCAUCCAGACCCUUCGAGCUGGCUGCUCAGACAAGCAGAAGCGCACCUUCCUGGCAGAGGCUAGCACCAUGGGCCAGUUCGAUCACUCCAACAUCAUCCGCCUGGAGGGCGUCAUCACCAGAGGAAAUACCAUGAUGACUGUGAUGGAAUACAUGGGGAACGGAGUGCUGGAUUCGUUUCUCAGGAAACACGAGGGCCAGUUCACAGCUGCCCAGCUGACUGGUAUGUUACAUGGGAUUGCCUCCGGCAUGAAGUACCUGACCGAGAUGGGUUACGUACAUAAAAGCCUUGCUGCCCACAAAGUCCUUGUGAAUAGCAACCUGGUUUGCAAAAUAUCAGGCUUCAGACAGUCCCAGGAAGAUAAAAUGGAGACCAUCUUCACCACCAUGAGUGGGAAGAGCUUGGUGCUGUGGUCAGCCCCCGAAGCCAUCCAGUACCGUCGCUUCAGUUCUGCCAGUGACGUGUGGAGCUUUGGCAUCGUGAUGUGGGAGGUGAUGUCUUACGGGGAGAGACCCUACUGGGACAUGUCCAACCAGGACGUGAUAAAGGCCAUCGAGGAUGGGUUCCGGCUGCCUCCCCCGAUGAAUUGCCAGCCCCCGCUUCACCAGCUCAUGCUGGAUUGUUGGCAGAAGGAGCGAAAUGAGAGGCCCAAGUUCUCACACAUCCACAAUAUCCUAAGCAAGAUGCUUCAAAACCCAGAGCCACUGAAAUGUACCACCUCCACUUGCACCAGGCCUCACAAUCCAUCCAUCCCCCUGGCCGAAUGCACUUUCUCAGCCUUCCCGUCUUUCAGCUCCGUGGGUGAGUGGCUGGAAGCCAUAGAGAUGGGCAGAUACAAAGAUAACUUCACCGCUGCGGGGUACUGCUACCUGGAAUCUGUGGCAAGGAUGAUGGUCCAAGAUGUCCUGAGUCUGGGAAUCACCUCAGUGGAACAUCAGAAAACCAUCCUGAGUGGGAUCCAGACCCUGCGAGCCCAGGUGAUACAGAUGCAUGGUCGAGGCGUGCAGGUGUGAGCCCAGCAGGGACGGACGGACACUUUCAGAGCACUGACGUAAAACUCCCCGGGGACAGUGGUGCAGCAGGGCCAGGAGCUGGCCCCUAAACUGGACCAAAUCUCUGAGACUUUACCAAGAGCAGCUGUGUGAGUGGGAGGUAGGAAGUACAGGUCUGCUACAAACUAGUCAUUCCAGAGUAGCGAGGGAGUCCAGGAGUUGGCGUUUCCUGUCCUGGGGUUCUCCCAUCAGCAGCUUUAGUGCAGUGUGCUUGGUUGGUUGUGUUUUUCCCCAGCAAUGUUUUGUAGGAUGAGAGUCAAGCUACAAUGAUGCCGUUUCACAUGGUACCUAGGUUAACAGGGUGGACUGGACACUUGUGUACUGGUUUUAAACUGGAUUUGACAGUGUUUUAGUAUCUCGCGUUCUACUGAUAAAUCCAUAGGUAUUUUUUAUACAAGCUGAUGUGUUUUACUGACCCCCCCCGAGUACUGUCUGUUUUCUAGAGUCCAGAGCACAGCGCACUCUAAUGACCCAGCUUUGAAAGGUGACUUGGCCCAUCCAUUCCUGUCCUUCCAGAGGAGAUUCUGAGUUCCCACUUUUCCCCAGCGUGAGCCAUUCCAUUCCAAGAGUUACCUCAUUACGUCACAAAAAGUGUAUGAAAAAUAACUAAUUCAAAUCAAAGUGGCAGGAAAAAGUCCCCAAAUUCCGUCAGAAAUGGGACAGAGAAAAUUAGGGAGUUAGUCUGGAGUUAUUGAGAAGAAUAUGGCAUGUGUCUGUCCAUUUCCACUCCUGGGAUGUGCCCACAGCCACUGAAAGAACAACUCUGGUUACAGGUGAGUAGCCUCCAUUUCUCCCCCAGAGACUGUCCCAAUGAACUCCCUAAAACCGUUCUCUGGAGCAGGACUAGAAAUGGCUGGUCAGAAUCACCCUGUUCAAUCGUAGCACAAUAUUGACGUUUCACAUCACGGAUCAGUAUCACACUGUCAGAGCCAGAAAGCUUGUCGCUGGGUGUGAGACGCAUGGGGCUGUAGCAUCAGGAAGGGUUGGGCCAUGUGCGCUGUCUGUGAUGAGAACGCUCUACACUGCUUGGGGGUUGGUUUGAUGAGCCACAGUCAGGGUGUCAGUUUGAGGUAAUUUCAAUGGUGGUGUUGCCAGAUUAGAUCCCAAGACAGGAAAUUCUGGCCAAAUGGUGGAAUUGGGAAUCAGAACGGAAUCAAUGAACCGAUGGGAUCUCUGAAACUGUCUUGAAAUCCAGACAAGGCAGGCUGUAUCUGCCCCUUGUUUUGUUGUAAAUAACAGGCCCCGUCCUGCAUUCCUUGCACAUCAAACGCACCCAUUGUCUUCAGUCAGGGAUCACAAAUGGCAUUUGCUUAGCAGUACAAGUUUCCUUUAAGUUAGUUAAUUAAAUGGAUUUUUGCAGCCUGGAUUCAGUUAGAUGUACAGAGUUUUGUAGGCCCUUGAUUAUCAUCUAUAAGCAUUACAAGUGAAUUAUUGAUGAUGAAAGACAAAGAUUUACAAAGGGAAUUAAUGCAGUGGAAAGUAUUCAAAGCACAUUUAGAAAUCUGUUUGCAUUGUGAUUCAGAUGUGCCUACUAGACUGCACCAUAGGGAUAGAAAACUAAAUUGAAACUAAAUACAGGACCUUAACUCCUCAUAUGCCCUGUAAUGUUGGCACAGUAUUUACCCACUGCCUGGGCAUCCUUCAUCUGCUCUCGUAGAGGUGAUGAAACAAAAUUGGGGGGAUAGCUCAGUGGUUUGAGCAUUGGCCUGUUCAACCCAGGGCUGUGAGUUCAAUCCUUGAAGGGGCCACUUAGGGAUCUGGGGCAAAUAUCAGUACUUGGUCCUGCUAGUGAAGGCAGGGGGCUGGACUCGAUGACCUUUCAAGGUCCCUUCCAGUUCUAGGAGAUAGGAUAUCUCCAUUCAUUCAAAGAGGCAAUAGUAUGUUUUAACUUCUCUCACUGGCGUGGUGACCCUUGCAGAGCCUGUUACGGUGGGGAUCUAACUCUUUUAUUCAGAAAGGUUUACUCGAUGGUGGGCUUUUUUAAUUGUCCAUACCUGAGUAAAAUUCUGUUUUGGCUCAGGGGCUGUGAUCUGUUCAGAUUCUGGAGUCCUGGAGUCCAGCGGUUUUGUUGGCAGGAUUUAGCUUUAUGUUGGUUUUGUUGCAUUCUCAAAGCAAAUGGGAACGUUCUUCUCGAGAGGGGAUUUUCUCAGAUAACAUUUCACGACCACUGCCUAUAAGCUGGGGAAGGAUGUGUGCACGUUUUGUGACUCUGACAGCUACAUGGGACUUGGCUGGCUUGCUUUCUUGGUUAUUUUUGUACUGCCUCCUUGCGACAUCAGGCUGGAUUUAUAUCUGUUUAGUUCCACAGAGGGACAGUUGUACGGUCCUGGGGAUGGGUGUACAGAUAGUGUUCAUCAUGUCACUACGUUAGACCCUCCAGAUGUGGCACCAAGAGGGCGUGUAUUUUAAAUACAACAGAGGUCCCAGCUAAAGCUCUUUGUAAUGUUCCUGCCCAUGUAGAAGCUUUCAGGCAACGUCACAGCCGAACUCUCCUGUCAAAGGAUCCUGAAUCCCGGCAGCUCAGACUGUGUGAGCUGACCUUAAGGAAGUUGCCUCCUUUCUUUGCAGGCUUUUGAAACAAAUUUAAGCAAUUCCUGGUAGUAAAGGUGAGGAACAAUGGAGUAACCGGAGCACAAAUUGUGUGCAAAGCAAGAGAUAAGAAAUAUUGCCCCAUGGAGAACUGGACCUGUAAUUUGUGCUACAAAUCUACAGAGCAUGCAGAAAUCAACAUGCCUUUCAACACACCAUUUCUUGGGGGAAUUGCUGGGGUCAGGAACUCUCCCUGAGGUAGAUCAACUCUCUUCUCUUUGUCACUUCUUCAGUUAAAAAAAAAUACACCUGCCCCAAUGUCACCUGGUUAACUUUUAAUGGAAAGAAUUUGUCUUCAGGGUUCAUCUAAUUCCAGCCCACUUAGUCAACAUCUUGUUGUUUCCUACCCAGACAAAUAAUAAUAGUGAACUGAAACCUUCGUUUGGUAGAAAUGCCAGAUCCUAAGGAUCAAGUGCAAUUUGUAUGCUCUUUAUGUUUACAUUUUAUCUAUAGAGACAGUGUACUGUAGUCCUCUAGCUAAGAAAUUGAACCAACUUGAUUCCUGAUCAUUUCAUUGCAUUUGAAAUCUUCCCUUGGGUUCCCAGUAUCUGUAACCUCUUAGCUGUGAUCCUUCCUAAGGGUCGUCUGCACUCUGGAGAGCGUGCAGAGAGGCUGUGGAGACCAUUGCUGGAAUAACUGUGUCCAGCUCUGGGCUCUACUCUUUAAAUAGGUGUUGAAAAAUUGGAAAGGGCCCAGAGAACAGCUACACCAAUGAAGGAAGGUCUGGAACACAUGCCGUACAACGGGAGUCUAAAGGAGCUCAACCUCUUUAGCAUAUUGAAGAAAAUGUUAACAGGUGAUUUGUUCAUGAGCUAUAAGUACCUGCACAGGGAAAAGCUACCUGAGGACUCGACUCUAGCAGACAAAGGCAUAACAAGAUCUAAUGGCUAGAAAUUGAAGUCAGCAAAGUUCAAAGUGGAAAUCAAUUGCAGAUUUUUAGCAGUGACUCUACUCAGCCAUAGGAACAGAUUGCCAAGAGUUGUAAAUUCUUCAUCACUUGGAGUCUUUAAAUCAAAACUGGAUCUCAUUCCAAACGAGGGGGUUGAACUGGAGCAUAAAUUGUUGGGUUAGAUGCAGGAAUCGCUGGGUGAGAUUCUCUGGUCUGUGUUGUGCAGGAGGCCAGACUAGGUGAGCACAGGAGCGCCGCCAGCUUUUCUGCCGCCCUAGGAGGCGGAAGGUCCCGCCCCCGAAAU